UCCGGGCAACGGAGCCCGGGGAAGGCGGAAGUGUGAGCGCCGCGGCGGCAGCUGAGUUGGGCUGAGGUGUCCCUAGCUGGCUCCGCGGCUCUUCCGGGUCUGGGCUCGGAGAUUCACAGGCGGCCCGCGAGACCAAGCGAGGGACGCAUGGCCCUGAGGCAGCCGCGGGGCUUGGCGGGGUCCGGAGGUUGACCUUGCCCCCGCAGCCGGCCUUCGAGGCUGCAUCCUCCAGGCAGCCUCCGGGGCCCGCGCCCGCGCCUGCUCAGGCUCCCGUGUCCCUGCCCAUCCCCUCCCCACCGGCGUCCCGGACGUUGGGACCUGUGACCGUGGUCUCGGGCUGGGCUUCCAAAGCCGGCCGCAGCCCGGCGACCCCCGAGGCCUCUCGCCCCGGGCCCCUAGACCUCUCACUAUGACCGCGGCCGCCGCCUCCAACUGGGGGCUGAUCACGAACAUCGUGAACAGCAUCGUAGGGGUCAGUGUCCUCACCAUGCCCUUCUGCUUCAAACAGUGUGGCAUCGUCCUGGGGGCGCUGCUCUUGGUCUUCUGCUCCUGGAUGACGCACCAGUCGUGCAUGUUCUUGGUGAAGUCGGCCAGCGUGAGCAAGCGGAGGACCUACGCCGGCCUGGCAUUCCACGCCUAUGGGAAGGCGGGCAAGAUGCUGGUGGAGACCAGCAUGAUCGGGCUGAUGCUGGGCACCUGCAUCGCCUUCUACGUUGUGAUCGGCGACUUGGGGUCCAACUUCUUCGCCCGGCUGUUUGGGUUUCAGGUGGGCGGCACCUUCCGCAUGUUCCUGCUGUUCGCCGUGUCGCUGUGCAUCGUGCUCCCGCUCAGCCUGCAGCGGAACAUGCUGGCCUCCAUCCAGUCCUUCAGCGCCAUGGCCCUCCUCUUCUACACCGUGUUCAUGUUCGUGAUCGUGCUCUCCUCUCUCAAGCACGGCCUCUUCAGUGGACAGUGGCUGCGGCGGGUCAGCUAUGUCCGCUGGGAGGGCGUCUUCCGCUGCAUCCCCAUCUUCGGCAUGUCCUUCGCCUGCCAGUCCCAGGUGCUGCCCACCUAUGAUAGCCUGGAUGAGCCGUCAGUGAAAACCAUGAGCUCCAUAUUUGCCUCCUCCCUCAAUGUGGUCACCACCUUCUACGUCAUGGUGGGGUUUUUCGGCUACGUCAGCUUCACCGAGGCCACGGCCGGCAACGUGCUCAUGCACUUUCCCUCCAACCUGGUGACGGAGAUGCUCCGUGUGGGCUUCAUGAUGUCGGUGGCUGUGGGCUUCCCCAUGAUGAUCCUGCCAUGCAGGCAGGCCCUGAGCACGCUGCUGUGUGAGCAGCAGCAAAAAGAUGGCACCUUUGCAGCAGGGGGCUACAUGCCCCCUCUCCGGUUUAAAGCACUUACCCUCUCUGUGGUGUUUGGAACCAUGGUCGGUGGCAUCCUUAUCCCCAACGUGGAGACCAUCCUGGGCCUUACGGGUGCGACCAUGGGAAGCCUCAUCUGCUUCAUCUGCCCGGCGCUGAUCUACAAGAAAAUCCACAAGAACGCACUCUCCUCCCAGGUGGUGCUGUGGGUCGGCCUGGGCGUCCUGGUGGUGAGCACUAUCACCACACUGUCUGUGAGUGAGGAGGUCCCCGAGGACUUGGCAGAGGAAGCCCCCGGCGGCCGGCUUGGAGAGGCCGAGGGUUUGAUGAAGGCGGAGGCAGCGCGGCUCUCAGCCCAGGAUCCGGUCGUGGCCGUGGCCGAGGAUGGCCGGGAGAAGCCGAAGCUGCCGAAGGAGAGAGAGGAGCUAGAGCAGGCCCAGAUCAAGGGGCCCGUGGAUGUGCCCGGACCGGAAGAUGGCAAGGAGGCACAGGAGGAGGCGCAGCUUGAUCGCCCUGGGCAAGGGAUUGCUGUGCCUGUGGGCGAGGCCCACCGCCACGAGCCUCCUGUUCCUCACGACAAGGUGGUGGUAGAUGAAGGCCAAGACCGAGAGGUGCCAGAAGAGAACAAACCUCCAUCCAGACACAUGGGCGGAAAGGCUCCAGGGGUCCAGGGCCAGAUGGCGCCGCCUCUGCCCGACUCAGAAAGAGAGAAACAGGAGCCGGAGCAGGGAGAGGUUGGGAAGAGGCCCAGACAGGCCCAGGCCUUGGAGGAAGCGGGUGAUCUUCCCGAAGAUCCCCAGAAAGUUCCAGAAGCAGAUGGUCAGCCAGCUGUCCAGCCUGCAAAGGAGGACCUAGGGCCAGGAGACAGGGGCCUGCAUCCCCGGCCCCAGGCAGUGCUGUCUGAGCAGCAGAAUGGCCUGGCAGUGGGUGAAGGGGAAAAGGCUGAGGGGGUACUGCCGCCAGGCAACGCCGCCGGGGACACAGGGCAGCCCGCAGAGGACAGCGACCACGGUGGGAAGCCUCUCCUCCCAGCGGAGAAGCCGGCUCCAGGGGCUGGGCUGCCGCCCGAGCCUCGAGAGCAGAGGGAUGUGGAGCGAGUGGGCGGAGACCAGGCGGCCAGCCAGCUGGAGGCUGAAAUUAAAAAGAUAGUAGCAGAAGCUGGCAGGGCAGAGAUGCUGGACCACGCCGUCCUGCUUCAGGUGAUCAAAGAACAGCAGGUGCAGCAAAAGCGCUUGCUGGACCAACAGGAGAAGCUGCUGGCCGUGAUCGAGGAGCAGCACAAGGAGAUCCACCAGCAGAGGCAGGAGGACGAGGAGGACAAGCCCAGGCAGGUGGAGGUGCAUCCAGAGCCUGGGGCGGCGGUGCCCAGAGGCCAGGAGGCCCCCGAAGGCAAGGCCAGGGAAACGGUGGAGAAUAUGCCUCCCUUGCCUUUGGACCCUGUCCUCAGAGCUCCUGGGGGCCACCCUGCUCCAUCCCAGGACCUUAACCAGCGCUCCCUGGAGCACCCUGAGGGGCCUGUGGGCAGAGACCCUGCUGGCCCUCCUGACGGCGGCCCUGACACAGAGCCUCGGGCAGCCCAGGCCAAGCUGAGAGACAGCCAGAAGGAUGCCGCCCCCGGGGCAGCUGGCACGGUGAAGGAGCUCCCCAGGCGCCUGGAGCAGGUACCCGUGCCAGACCCCGCCAGGGAAGCCAGGGGCCCAGAGGAGCGCCUUGCAGAGGAAUUCCCCGGACAAAGUCAGGACGUUACUGGUGGUGGUUCCCAAGACAGGAAAAAACCUGAGAAGGAGGCGGCAGCCACUGGCACUGGCAUUCUGAAGGAAGCCAACUGGCUCGUGGCAGGGCCAGGAGCAGAGACGGGGGACCCUCGCGUGAAGCCCAAGCAAAUGAGCCGAGACCUGGGCCUCGCAGCGGACCUGCCCGGUGGGGCGGAAGGAGCAGCCGCACAGCCCCAGGCUGUGUUACGCCAGCCGGAAGCGCAGGUCAUCUCUGAUGGCGAGCAGGGUGGACAGCAGGGCCACCGGCUGGACCAUGGCGGUCACCUGGAGAUGAGAAAGGAGGCCCGCGGCGGGGAUCACGUGCCUGUGUCCCACCAGCAGCCUAGAGGCGGGGAGGAUGCUGCUGUCCAGGAGCCCAGGCAGAGGCCAGAGCCAGAGCUGGGGCUCAAACGAGCUGUCCCGGGGGACCAGAGGCCCGACAAUGCCAAGCCCAACCGGGACCUGAAACUGCAGGCUGGCUCCGACCUCCGGAGGCGACGGCGGGACCUUGGCCCUCAUGCAGAGGGUGAGCUGGCCCCGAGGGACGGGGUCAUCAUUGGCCUUAACCCCCUGCCUGACGUCCAGGUGAACGACCUCCGUGGCGCCCUGGACGCCCAGCUCCGCCAGGCUGCGGGGGGGGCUCUGCAGGUGGUCCACAGCCGGCAGCUUAGACAGGUGCCCGGGGCUCCGGAGGAGUCAUAGCACCUGCUGGCCAUGAGGGCCACGCCAGCCACUGUCCUCCUCGGCCAGCAGCAGGUUUUUCUCAGCCGCAUCCCAGCCAAACUCCGGAGGUCACACUCAUCUCUCCCCAGCGUUUCAUGUCUGAGGCCCUCACCAAGUGUGAGUGAAAGUAUAAAAGGUUCACUGUGGCAUCGUUUCCAGAAUGUUCUUGCUGUCGUUCUGUUGCAGCUCUUAGUCUGAGGUCCUCUAACCUCUAGACUCUGAGCUCACUCCAGCCUGUGAGGAGUAACGGCCUCCGCUGUGAGCUGGCUGGUGCACUCCCAGGCUCAGGCUGGGGAGCUGCUGCAUCUGCGCUCAGGCCUCCUGCUCCUGCCAGGGAGCAUGCGUGGUCUUCAGGUUGAGCUCGGCCAUGCGUGGAGGUGCCCGUGGCUGCUCAUGGUCCUGACACAGGCUACCGUGAGAGCCAGCGUCCAACCCCAAGCUUGCAGUGACUCAGAAUGAUAACUGUUUAUUGUAACUGUUUAUCGAUGCUUCCCACAGUGUGGUAGAAAGUCUUGAAUAAACACUUUUGCCUUUGCCCAG